AUGUUGGUAGCAGUGAGUGGAACGAAAUAUAGCGGCAUUGAGCUCGCAAUCGAGAUACUGGUCGAGCAAUUUGGGUUUGAGCUGCUGAGUUACGCGCAGGAUGCUGAUGAAUUACUGGAUUAUGCUACUAGACACUACACGAAGAAUAUGACUGUGAGAUGCGAGAAAUUAUCGCUAUUGGAAACUCUCGAGAAGCGACCCUUUUUCGUUCAUGUAUCGCUGGAUGCACCGGUAGGCACUCGCUACAAACUGAGCAGCGAGAAGAGAUCUCUAGAAGAGUUCAUAAGAGCGCUUGACGCUCAUGAUUUCACUGAUCAAUCAGUUGUAAUGCGAGAAAGAUCGCAUGUGAAACUCAAAGUGAUGGAUGGGGACGUAGAGACUAUUCGCGCAAGGCUGGCAGAUGCCCUGGGGUCGCAGUUGCAGGCUUUGUCAAGCUCUAGCAUGUCAGAUGAGGUGAUUCCACCACUGAGACCAGAUUGGGAUUCUUACUUCAUGAAGUUGGCGACGCUGGCGGCUUCCCGCUCGAACUGUAUGAAGCGGAAGGUCGGUUGUGUCAUCGUAAGAGAUCGGAGAGUGAUUGCCACGGGCUACAAUGGAACUCCUCGUCACCUGAAGAACUGUUUCAACGGCGGAUGCCCCCGCUGCAACGGCGGGGACUCCCAUGCUUUACACACUUGUCUAUGUUUGCAUGCAGAAGAAAAUGCUCUCCUGGAAGCUGGCAGAGAUCGAGUGGGCACAAAUGCUAUUCUAUACUGUGAUACUUGUCCAUGCUUGACAUGUUCCGUUAAGAUAGUUCAGACGGGGAUAACAGAGGUUGUGUAUAGCCAAACGUACCGCAUGGAUGAGGCAAGCUUCCAAGUCCUACGUGAUGCUGGAGUCAAGGUAAGGCAAUUCAGCUUUAUCCUGGAGCCGCGAAUCAUGAUGGUUUGA